CGAGGAGGUGAGGCUUAGGGUUGGGGUGGUCUUAGUUGGGGCGUGUACUUUAUCGCCCCCAGGGCUUUGGAGCUAUUUUGAAAGUGACCCUCAUUCGGGCAGCCCACUCUUGCAGCUGUCAGGAACCAUGACUGAAGAUGACGGAAUCAGUUGUCGUGGAGGGAUACGCCAGACUCCGAGAUGGGAAAAAGUGGAAAACUAGGUGGCUCGUCUUUCGCAAGCCGUCGCCUGUAGCAGAUUGCCUGGUCUUGCUGGUUUUCAAAGACAAGUCUGACAAAGCCGAGGGCAACAAGGAGCGUGCCGCCAUAACCCUGGAGGACAUCUGCGGCCUGGAAACAGGACAGUGCUAUGAGGACGUGGCCUUCACGCUGGCUAUUCUCUGCCUCAACCAGGCGGUGCUGCUGGGCUUCGACAGCAAGGACGCCCUGCAGGCGUGGGAGGUGCGUCUGCGUUACAGCCUGGGAGAAGUUCACAUGUUCAACGUCGGAGUCCUUGCGGGGACCAAGUUAGAAAGCGGACCAGCAACCCUUCACCUCUGCAACAACUUGCUGGCCCUCGUUCGAGAUGUCCCCCCUGUCGUCUUCGGCCACUGGAACCUUCCAGAUCUACGCAGAUACGGACCCGUACCCAAUGGAUUUGUCUUUGAGGGAGGAACACGCUGUGGUUACUGGUCUGGCGUUUUCCUGCUUUCGUCAUCCGAGAGCGAGCAGAUCAGCUUCCUGUUUGACUGCAUCGUCCGAGGAAUCUCCCCUACCAGGGGCCCGUUUGGGCUGAGGCCAGUUCUGCCAGAUCCCGGCACCAGUCAGGCCAACUCUGAGGAAAGGUUGAACCAUGAGACACAGGAACUGGAAAAGCGGCUUAGCAUGCUCUCGAAUCGGAACAGCACGGUGUACUCCGCGGUGAGCGGUGACGACCGCAGCAUAUCGGGUUCAUCUGACGCCUCGGACAACAGCCAAUCAGAUUGCAGCAUUUCAAGCCGUUUGGCCAUUUGGACCGAACCGCCAACCGCCAAUCUAUCGGACAACCACCCGACUAAAGGGAAUGGAGAGAAACUGUCCGCCAACCAGGGCGGUGGCCACAAUCUGGGCGUCAAAGCCCCAAGACAGCUGCAGGAAAUCGGUCGCCAGAGCUCCUCUGAUAGCGGUAUCGCAACUGCAAGCCAUUCCUCGUAUUCUGGAAGUUUCUCCUCAUACACUGGAAGUCUGGACAUUAGUGAGGACUUUGGUUCAGUUUUUAGCCUGCCGCCACGUUUGGCUCAAGACCUGAGUCCUUGUUGUUGCCCUAAAGGUCGAGAACUCCAGUACAAGGUACCAACAUCCCUCAGGUACCUGUACGACACCCCAAGGAAUCUGCUCCAGGGGGAAGGUGGGCAGACGGUGGACACUGAUCACCAAAGUCCAUUGACAGAAUCGUUAAAGGGGUCAAGCUCAAAAAUACCACCAGUCUGCUCACAUGGGUCUUCAGGGGAGAAUUGCAGGAGGGAGGCAUCCAUUGGAGAUGGCACAGAAUCCUGUAGCAUGUGCAGCUCUCUUACGUCCAAAACCGUAGUGACCAUCUGUGCAACAUGCGGUGGAUUUCAGGGGACGCCGCCCCCCAUCAUCAACUCUGCAAGUGGGGCAGCAUUACCUGCUUUACCAGCAGAUCGAAUUGUUGACAAAUUAUCACCGCGCAGUUCCGAUGGGAAGCCAAGUAAGGGAUCACCACCGCCUCCCAAAAAGGGGCGAGAUAAACUAGCUAGCCUCUUCGCCCAACUCCUGCGCUACCCCAAGGAAUGGAAACCCACCCGAUGGAGUCUCUAUGAAGUCAUGACCCCUGCGCCAUUACACCCCAAAACCACACCAUCUGGCAAACGUGCAUCCACAAACAUUUACGAAAACUGCUCAAAGUGUCUGGGGGCAUGCUGCCACCCACUCCCGAGGGGCCCGCCUCCGGUAUUAAGGCGCAGGAGUAAAAUUUUUGGCGAAGUGCAAAGUUUUCUAACAGGGCUGCAACUGAAGGAAAGUCCAGAAGAUGAUGAUGAUGCUAAAAAGGUGCCCCAGAUUGCAGGCGGCAGUCAAGAUCCAGAUGAAGACAUGAAUGGUCAGACAUUGAACAGUGAAGACAAAAGGCAUCAUCUCAGAGAGGAGCGGCAGAGAGCUGACCUCGCUUACGAAAUCAUGGAGAGAAACUCUGAGGCCGACGAAAAAAAUAAGCACAAGCUGAUGGUCAACUGCGGUCAAAGGUUGCUACAAGAAUCGGAGGGAACAACGACAGCGUUCUCACCGGAGGCGCCACUGGCCGAAAGGCCUCGCGGUGACUCUGUGACGUACGUUAAUAUUCCAGUGAGUCCGACAUCCAAGAAGCAGCUCAACUACAUGGAGCUGGAGCUGCAAGAACACAGCACCCGAAGGUCCGCACCGAAAAAGAGUGCCACCAAAUACGCCCACAUUGACAUCGCUGCCACGGAGACGGCCCACAAGGUGGGUGCCCAGCAUGCCUUGGGGCGCCAGGAGGGUCUCCACACCCUGGAACUGAGAAGGAAGGGGACGCCGCAUUGACCUUGUGUAUUAUAUCAUUUAUGUUUUUACUCUGCAUUGGGAGUGACUUUUUACUAACUAUCAUUAUUAUUAUUUAAUAUAUUUUAAAAAUGUAAACACUUUUGAUAUGUGUAAAUAUAUUCUCCUGUGAUGUUGAUGACAAAUUAUAUGAAAGGACCAUGUACAGUGUACCAUAUGUAGGAGGAAAAAUACAUGGCGACUAUUUGUUCUACUGUAAAUUAUUCCUCUAUUAUUUGUAAUGACAGUAGCGACUUAUGCUAAUCUACAACAUAUAUUAAAGAAACAGUUGAUUCUCCCC